ACCACACUUGACGUUUAAACUGCUGCGCAGACCCGCACUUACCGGACAUGCGAGGUCGCAUGAAGGACUAUGCUGAAUAUUGCUUGUGAUUCCGGAGCAAAAUGAAACGAAAUCAUAAUUACAGCUGUUCAUCUGAUAGUGAACUUGAUGACAAUAUUGAAGUGGAGAAAGACAGUGGUGACGAAAAUGGAAACCUUGACUCUCCCCAUGACUUGAUGUCACCCCCGACAUCCACGCAAACUCAAGCCAGAAAACGACGAAGAGGAAUUAUUGAGAAACGGCGACGUGACCGAAUCAACAGCAGUCUAACUGAGCUCAGAAGACUCGUACCAAGUGCCUUUGAGAAACAGGGAUCAUCAAAAUUGGAAAAGGCAGAAAUUUUGCAAAUGACAGUUGAUCAUUUAAAGAUGCUUCAUGCAGCAGGUGGAAAAGGGUACUUUGAAGCCCACGCCCUGGCCAAGGACUACCGUAGCCUGGGCUUCCGUGAGUGUCUGGCGGAGACGGCCCGCUACCUGAGUAUCAUGGAGGGCCGGGACGGUGCCGACCCGCUUGGUUUACGCCUUGUCUCUCACCUCAACAGCUACGCCUCCCUGAGAGAUGUCCACACAGGGCUGUCUGGACGCUCUGGACACAUAGCCUGGAGCUCCGCUUUCGGGUCACCUCCUGCCCACCUUCCGCACCCUCUCCUCCUGCCCCACCCCCAUGUACAGACACCUGCCACCCACAGCGCCAGCAGCCCGCCCUCCUCCUCCUCUACAUCAUCUUCCUGCUCUGCUGGCACCCCGGUUACAUCCAGACUCAGGGUGAUGGCCCCCUCAGAGCCUCUCAGGGUCACCCCAAGCAGCACUCUGGCCUUGGGCACGUCCCGCCCCGUCCCAGCCUCCAAGCUCUCUCCAAAACCACACCUCCUCCCCCCCCUCCCUCCCCUGUCUGCCUUUCCCCUCUCUUUAAGUGCUUUUCCUCUCGUGUCCCCAGCAACCAUUGACCCAGCAGGCCCCUCCACUGCUCUGAGGAAGCAACCUUACAGGCCCUGGGGGACAGAGAUCGGGGCCUUUUAAACGGAUCAGAACUGAGGGCAUCAGCUGAUCUCUGGGGGGCAGCAGGCCAUUUCCUUCCGACUUGCCACCUGGCUGUCCCAAACCACAAACUGGGCAGGAGAACCUGACUGUAAAAUCUGUCCCUCUGACACUAAAAUGAACAAAAGAGGAGAACAAAAUGUUUGUUUUUUUGCUGGGGAGGGGGUAGCCUCCUCUCAUGAAGGGAAUUUAAUUGACUUCCUUUAUUAAGAACCAUGUUAAAUGCAGGUGUUAGUGCAGCUAUGGCUUUGGGAUAUGAAUGAAUUGACUAUAUCUGCAUGACCACUGACUAAUGUCAUUGUGUUCAUUAUCAGUGAACUAAGAUGGGGAUAUUGGGUAUUUGUAGAUCAAAUAUAAUAUUGUAAAAAUAUAACUUUUGCAGGUUUGAAAGAGAACAAAUACAUCUGGAAUGUAACAUAAACAAAGUAACUAGUGUAACGUGCAAACUUUAGAGGUUGUCAAAUGCUUCAAAUUCAAAGCAGCAUUAAAAAACUAACUUAAUUUUGUAAUACUUUUAUACCAAUAAAGUUUUUA